CAAAAAAAAAGUAUCGCUGCUCAUUAUUUCGGCAAACAGUUGAUUCGCGAAAUUCGUUCAAAGAGAUUCGUGUCUGUAAUUUCACAGCAUUUAUUAAAUAGUGCAACAAGUCAAUAAAUCUAUCGCAUUUCCCCAGUUGAAUUCAAUCCAUUUUGUGAUCUAUUUAUUUAUACAUUUCCACGAUCCGUGAUCAUUCAACGCAAAGAAGAAAAAAAACACCGAAUUCAUAGUGUGAAUCCAUCAACGAAUGCCGGAAUAUAUAAGCACACCGGUGCUCUCGGUUAACCAUUAUCAAGUGUGUGUGGUUUGAACGAAGAUUUGACAAACUAUAAUUGAAUUCAUCGAUAACGAACGGGGAAAAUAUUAUACUGAACAAAGUGAAACGGCAAUCAAGUUGAAAGUGCGAUUCAAUAUUCCAUCGCAAUAGAGUUACACCAUCGUUGUCGUCGUCGUCGGUGCUGUUGCUACUGCUGUUGCUGCUGUCGCCGAAUGGGAUGUAAUGUUGCGUUACAUUUAAAUUUGUUUUCGAUUCUGUGUCAGUUCCGAGAGCUGCAAGAGUUACGUUAUGGAGCCCGUUGCUAACACGCUCUUAUCCAACACGCAUCAAACCAACACACAGCACACACAGCACCGACUUUUAUUGUCUAACUAAGCGUUGCAACGGCAACUUGCUUGAGGAAUCAAACAACAGAGCACAGAGCUAGACAAUGUACCGAGUACGAGCACAACCAAAUUCAGUAUGUAUUAACGUGCGAUACAGAGCGGUCGUAUCGAUGGUUUUAUCCAUUUUAUUUUUCUGUUUCUCUGUUGUGUUCCCCGGUGAAAACAUACAACGAUCGAAACCGCCGUUUCGUUCGUUCGUUCGACACGACAAUCUUUUGAAAACUGAAAAAAUCAACCGAAAAAAUCAUUCACACUGUAACAGGCCAAAAAGUUUCUUUUUCUUCAAGAGUAAAAUCUUUCUUCUAUUUGCAAUGUUUUUUGUUUGACUUUCAUUAUUUUCCGCUCUUUUUUUUCUCUUCUAUUCAUUCGUUGUUCGUUUCUGAAGAAGUUUAGUUUAAAAGUGUUGGAUGAAAGAGUAUUAAGGAGGGAAAACACCGAUUGAAUUUCAUGAAAAUGUGAAUAACUCCCAAAGAGAAUUGAGUACGCGGUCGAAUUCAAUGUUUAUUUUUUUCAAGUUCAAAUUACGGACUUUUUGCCUGACUUUUAUUUAGUUGUUUAUUUGUGGAAAAGUGCCAAAGAGCUUCCGAACGAUAACAACCGUGAAUUUGUAGUGUGAAGAGAGAGAAAAAAACCUGUAAAUAAUCAAAAGUGUCAGAAAUGAAAAUAAACAAAAUAAAUUACAGAAUUUAAAACCAACUUUUCUUUAUCUAUUAUUUAAAACACAAAUACACAUUUUUGACAGAAAAAAAAAUCAACUUUUGCGAUAAAAAAAAAUUCAGUUGGCAUGGAAGAAUAAAAAUUGGUGGAUUGCCACUUGAGGCAUGAAAAUUUGAUUAAAGUGUUUUUUUAAAUAUUGAAAAUACAACAAAAAAUCGACAACAAUAAAACAAACGUUGGAAACAAACGAUUCCGAGAAAGUCAACCAAAGGCCUAUUGUUCUGGUGUGCAUAUAGUAAAAAAAAAAGUAUAUGGAAAAUUGAAUGGCUGCCUUUAAUGUAGACGUCAAAUGUGCAAUUGGCAGUAGUUCCCCGCUGGUGUUUCAGGUAAUCGAACUGGAGUCGUCAUCUGUAAUAAAUGAUUCACAUCGCACUUGAUUGCAUCCAUGUUCUGACAUAUGUGUAUUUCAAAUCGCACAUGGGCAACGAAUUUAGUGUCCAUUGAAUGAGAAACGAUACAUACGUGUGCAACGAUCAACUAGGCAUUAUAUAUAUAUAUAUAUAUAUAUUAUAUGACUGUGGUGUUAAAAUAAAAACGUGAGAGACAGAAAGCAUUUUCAAAUUGAUUUACAACGGUGCAAGACACAUAGCUUCAUAUAGGAGUUAAUAAAAAGGGAAAGAAGCAAAACGCACGUUAGGAACAAAACUCGAUCCUCUUCACCGUAUACACGGUCACAAGCCAAGAAGAAAACACAAAAAGGAACCAGUUAUGGUGACAACCGAUGAGCCGAACCAAGAAUGGUUCCACCAAAAGGAGCUGGAAUGCCAGGAUAAACUAAGCAAAACGAACGCAACUUUCGAAGCGGGUAGAUUCUGUCGUGGCACAUUCGAUGGAUGGCUGUGUUGGCCCGAUACACCCGCAGGAACAUCAGCGCAAGCAUCUUGUCCAGAAUUCAAAGUCGGAUUCGAUCCAUCACGAUUCGCACACAAAGAUUGUAGCCCAGAUGGUAGUUGGUUUCGACAUCCUGAUACAAAUAAAACAUGGUCCAAUUACACAACCUGCAUAAAUUUGGACGAUUUCGAGUGGCGGCGACAAGUAAAUUUAAUUUAUGAAUUCGGAUAUUCAAUAUCAUUAUUAGCCAUACUACUUUCGUUAGCACUUCUCGGUUAUUUUCGGUCAUUAAAAUGUGCCCGAAUCACAAUACACAUGAACUUAUUCGCUUCAUUUGCCGCAAAUAAUUCGUUAUGGUUACUAUGGUAUCGGAUGGUUAUUGGCGAUCCGGAUGUGAUUCAGCAAAAUGAGACGGGUUGUGUUAUUUUGCAUUUGGUACUUCAUUACUUCCUGCUGAGCAACUAUGCUUGGAUGCUGUGCGAGGGUUUUUAUUUGCACACAGUACUCGUAUCAGCAUUUAUAUCGGAGCAUCGGUUGGUGAAAUGGUUAAUGGCAUUCGGAUGGAUUGCACCGGCAUUCAUACUACUAUCAUAUGGCACAUCUCGCGGUCUUCGUGGCACUGAAAAACAGAACAUGCACUGUUGGAUGAACGAGACACCAUAUACGAACAUACUUGUUGCACCCGUUUGUUUAUCAAUGAUGAUGAAUCUGCUGUUUCUGUGCAACAUCGUUCGCGUGCUAUUCAUGAAAUUACGAGCGCCAGCCGGGCCACAAGGUGGAGCACCAUCACGGAAUAUACUGCAAGCGUUUCGGGCGACGUUAUUGUUAGUGCCGUUAUUGGGUAUGCAGUAUGUAUUGACACCAUUCAAACCGGAACCCGGCCAUCCAUGGGAGAUCGUAUAUGAAAUUGUAUCAGCAUUUACGACAUCAUUUCAGGGGCUGUGUGUGGCGACAUUGUUUUGCUUCUUCAAUGGUGAAGUAAUUGCACAGGUAAAGCGAAAGUAUCGAACGUUUUUCUUCAGCAGUCGAGCACGUUCGAAUUCGUAUACGGCAACGCAGGUCUCAACACACAAAUUGCAGUUUGUUCGUAAUGGACCACCGGUGCCGGGGGAGGAAAAAGUUUGACUACGCGACAAGUCAUACCGAGCCCAUCGGGAUCGUGACGGUGAUGAUGGUGAUGAUGACGAUCAAAUCAAAGUAACCAUACACACAACGCCCAACUACGAUUACGAUCCAAAACGAAAUAGCCAGCCAACGAAUGAUAAGGGCAACUAUUCGAAUUGGUCAACCGAUGCCGGUGAAACGCUUGAAAUGCUCGACAUGACUCAAACCAAACUCAAUAAUCGAAAUGGACGCGGAGAGACGAAAAACGGUCAUCAUGUAAAUAAUUGCAGUGGCCCAUUUACAAACAGUACAUCAACCGAACCAAUCGAAGCUUACGAUAACCUGUAAAAUUUGCAUAAAACAAAAACAAAACAAAAUAACUUUUAAUUACACACUAUAUAGGUGAAAUGACUGUAGGCUAUUCGCCGCCACCACCACUUGCACUCGACAGUCUGAAUUAUAUUGAACUUAUUUUAAGGUUAAACACAUACUGUCACCACACUGAUACAUAUGCCGUUUCCAUACACGUCGACAAAGUGAUAUUUGAUAUAUGGUUCGUUUGAAACGAACGCACAUUCUACCAUAUCCAAUUGCGAUCGGAUUCGGAUCUAUCACUGUGUGACACUGUUGACAAUGAACAACAACACACAAAAUCGAAUAUAUGCUCUAAAACAGCACAAAUACAUCCUCAACCUAUGUAUUAAGCAUAACAAUUUUAACAUUCAGAACAAAAAAGAAACUGUUUCAUUUGCGUCACAAAAAAAAACAAACAAACAGUUUUGUAUUAUUUAAGUGUUUUACAAAUUUAGAAGAAGAAGAAAAAAAGAAAAUCAAAUGAAAACAAUGUGUGUUUAAUCGACAUCUCUUCAAA